AAGAAAAAAAUCAGCUUUUUUUCUUAAUCAAACAUGUCUGGUGUGGAUCACAUUGUGAGUACUGUAAAAUGAUUAAAUACGGCCAAGACCUUGACCUUACAUAAAUGAGUGUCUCUCCGAGAAAUAGCGCAGAAGCAACCAAGAAAGUGAUGCAUGCUGUAGUCUCUUGCUAGGUUCUAAUUUCUUUGCUUGCUGAAGACCAAAAGCAUCGCGUUAAUUAUAUGGAGCUGGAUGCGAGCAAGAAGAGAAAGAUCUACCAUGAUCACGAGGAUGAAGAUGAAGAACAAAAAAUAGAGAAGUUCUUUGCUCUUAUAGAGAAUAUACGCGAGGCUCGUGACCGUUUGGUCUUGAAUGGCUCGAAUGCAUUCAUAAGCGGGACAGAGAAAAAGAAAAACCAGAUCAUCAAAGUCAAGGCGGCAGAUCACAAGCAAGUUGCAGUUUGGAAACCCUCGUUCCAACGUGAAGACUUCAUGGAAAGGGCACCUCUAUUCAACUGCCCUCCUCAUGUUACCUUUCUGGGUUCUGCUCAAAGGAAAGAAGAAGCUCAGAAAGAAAUUACUGAAGAAGGCUUAGACCUAACGCUUUCUCUCUAGCUAUUCUCGUAUCAUAUAGAUGUGUAUGCAUGAGCAGCACUCUCAAUGUGGAAGAAUUAUUUGGUUUUUAUUUUGAACCAGACUUGCAAUUUUCAUUUUC